AUGUAAACAACAAACCUUGGACACUCACCAGCCGUCUAUAUAGGCAAAAAAGACGCGUUUCUUCGCCUUUGCUGUUGAUUCUACUGAAGUCAACGGAUAAUAUUGAUUAGGAUAUUGAUUGCUAAGGGAAUGCGAUCAGACUAGAGGCCAGGCGAGUGUUUGACUGCAGGUCCGAGCAGGAGCCUCUCAUGCUGGUCGAUGGGGAACUGUCUGUUUCCACAGAGCGCUGAUGACCUGUCGCUGCUCAACGAGUCUGAGGGCGGCAGCUUACCUGGAGACCCGCAGCAGGAGCACAACCAACCAGGCCCAGUGUUUCAUCCCACGCCGGGAGAGAGUCGGCUGGCCAGCCAGCUGACAGAGGAGGAGCAGAUCCGCAUUGCGCAGCGCAUUGGACUCAUCCAGCACCUUCCCAGAGGCGUCUUUAACCCAGGCCCUGACCCCUCUGAAAAGAUAGCAAAUGAGUGUGUGAUUUGCAUGAUGGAUUUUGAAUACGGGGAUCCCAUCCGGUUCUUGCCGUGCCUCCACAUCUACCACGUCGGCUGCAUUGACCCCUGGCUGAUGCGCUCCUUCACCUGCCCCUCCUGCAUGGAGCCCGUAGACGCAGCGCUGCUGUGCACUUAUGAAACCAACUGAGCAGCCCCCGGUGGCUGCUCCUGCCUACACCUUUUUUCUGUUGUUUUCUUUAGCCGAAACCGUCCCUUCUCUUUCGAGCAGGUAGCCAAUGUCGUGUGGUGUCAAAACCGAUAUUUUAAUGGUGCAGACAGAUGCUAAGGGCUGUUGCUUCAGUACAUUCAUUCAUUAGCUCUGAGGUCUGAUAUUCACUCGCUUGGAUUGUGCAACUUUUUUUGCCUUCUGAAGUGAAUGAAGAAAAGGUGUGCAAGUGGUAAAAACAUUAACGUGAUAUUUUUUUCACUUACUUUUAACUAACAGUCAUGAGUUAUAUGGUAAUCGGUAGAAUUUGGAUACCUUUUCAAGGUGUAAUGUGCAAUAAUUUGCUGCGGCGCUAGAGGAACUUUUUUUUGUUGUUGAAUCCGUUUCGUUGUUUACCAGAUCUGCCGAUGAAAACACGAAACAAAAUGAGUUUGGUCUUGCAGUGAAACCAUGGUUUGCAAUAUAUAUUUCAAUAAAGUGUCCACUAAUAAUUACACAAACAUUACAUCAGUCUCCCUAGACAAAAUGAUGCAACAAAAUCCCAUGACUUUCUACAUUUACAGUGCCGUGAAGGGAAAUUAUUUCAUUUCCACUUUAGGACAGAUUUUUAAGACUUUGCUUUUCUCUUAUUUGACAAAGGUUUGCUUUGUGGACCGUUUUCCCCUGAAGCUGCUUUAAUAAAUGUGAAUUAUGUUUUUUUUUUUUUUUUUCUUCCCUUUCCAAAAUAUGAACUUUGCCUUUUGUCUUUAGUUUGUUUUCUCUGUCAUGUUUUUAAAUCUGUCUUUCGAGGGGGUUUACUGUCAUUUACAAAGAUUGAUUAUGCUGUGCAAUCCCGCUAAAAGCACUUUGGAAAAUCUUUCUUCUGAAACGCUGUAGCUUGUAGAGUUUGUCAAACGCACAGGUGUGUGUGUGUGUGUGUGUGUUUUGGAACGGUUAUUAAAGAUCGCUGUGUCAGGGUAACGUUAACUUUUUCUAGUCGUACACCCUAUUGUCCCGUUCGUUUUAGUCUGAAGCUCUUGAAUUUGUGUGUGUGUUGAUGGACUUCUGUCAGUAUUUGAUGCAUUUCUUGAAGUUCCUUAGUCUGGUGACACAAAAUGAUUUCAACUUUUCCGUGGGACUCUAAUUCAGACUUUUUAAUGGAAAGCACAAACAAGUGAGACAGAGGCCGCAGUUGUAGAGAGGAAUGUAUCUUGAAUGUUAAGCAUGAGUUCAUAUUUUAGAGAUUUUUACUUUUCCAGUGACAAUAAGAAGAUAUUUCUAAUUAACUGUGCACUUAGUGCCUUUUUUAAACUUGACAUAAGCCAAUUCCUGUGAAGUACAAUCAUUUCUGACAUGACGUCUUUCUUCAGUUGUCCUCUAGGAGGCGACAGGUACCAGCACCGCUCUGCUGUGAGUCUUGUGGCGUUUUUCCAUUGCUCCUGAAUGCUUACUGUUUUUAUUUAAUUCUUUUUCUUGAACCUAAUUUUUAGGUACAGUAACAAAACAUAACCAAUAAUAAUUCUUCUUUUUUUAUAUCAAUUCAGCCAUGGUUCUGACAAGCCACUUAAUGGCAACGUAAAGACACCUCAGACAACCAACUGAAUAGAGAAUAAUAGUGGGAUCAGCAACGGGACCUAAUAAAUGGCAUAUAUUUAAAAACAGAAGCAAAGCUACCGGCUGAGGAAAUGUCUUGGUUUGAGGGUCGUGUCAUGGUCAGUCCAGGAGAUUUUUGCUUCAGGUCACCAUGACGAUCAUGAUUACCUGGAGGUGGUACUACCUGUAUUUGAAGGCAAAAAGCCUGGCACACAUAUGAUGGAAAAACGCCAUAGGAAAGAGGCCUGAGUUGAAGCCUGGAAUUCGAUUUGGCUGCUUGUAACAACAACAAUCUAACAAGUUUUUUUGUGUUUUUUUUAGGAAACUUAUAAAACUCCAAUAAAAGUGGAUACCAAAUGUUAUAA